AUGAUGGAUUUCUUCCCACAUCUGGGCUCAAAUGGAAUUGAGGUGGACGCCGAGCCCGGCUCUUCCAGUGAUCACGAUAGCAUACGCAGUGACCUGACGUCCUUGUCUGAGUCUGUGUACGCGAAUGUUUACGAGAACGGUCGUACUUAUCACGGUUAUCGGCCAUGGAGCUAUGUUCUUCCAAAUGACCAGCGAGAGCAAGACAGAUUGCAGGUCAUGCAUCAUAUAUUUCGGUUGUUUUUCGAUGGCGAAAUUUGCGCAACCAGACUCGAGAACCCUCAAAUGAUACUUGAUAUUGGAACAGGCACCGGCAUUUGGGCAAUGGAAAGUGCCAAUUUGUUCUGUUAUGUCGGCAUGUUCACUGAUAAAGCUGUAGUCGCCGACCAAAUUCCGGCCGCUGAGGUAGUCGGGGUGGACCUUUCGCCUAUACAGCCCAUCUGGGUCCCUCCAAAUUUGCGCUUCAUUAUUGACGACGUGAACCAAGAAAUGCGCUUUCCAUCUAAUUCCGUCGACUUCAUUCAUGUGCGGGGACUCGCUGGCAGCAUUGAAAACUGGUCAUCAUUUUUACAACAAUGUUACAAGUAUGGGCGUCUCACGAUCCCAUUAGGUCAUGUUCUUUGUUUCCAGGAGAGGCCUGGUGGUCGUCUCGAGAUAUCAGAAUGUCGCCCUCAGGUGCACUGUGACGAUGGAACUUAUCCCGAUGACUGUUACCUUCGGACAUGGGUAGAUGAGUUUAAUCGAAUAACUAAGAUUCAAGGACGCACCUGGGAUAUCAUGCCAGAGAUUCAAGGGUUGUUAGAGGAUUCAUCAUUUCAAGAUAUCCACUUAUCCGAUAACAAGAUUCCGAUCGGACCAUGGGCAAAAGAUAGAAAGCUGGAAGAGAUCGGGCGCUGCUUUCAGGCACAAAUGGCCGAAGACGCCAUCGAGAGCUACUCUCUUGCCUUAUUCACUCGCUUUGGUGAAUGGAAACUUGCCGAAGUUCAGGUACUAUUGGCGCACUUACGCUCGGAACUCAAAUCAAACAAGAUGCACAUCUACUCAUAUCUGUAUGUUCCCACUAGCCGCCAGCUGAGCAACGCUAAUUAUUCUCAACAGCACAUAUGCCACGGCGAAAAAGCCGGCGACAUAGCUUUCAUUAUCCUCCUAGUUUGA